GGACUGUGUGCCUGUUUGUGCUCAGACUCAGACUCCUGCUGCUGAAAGUCGACUGUCGCAGAGUUUUUGACGGAAAACUGACGGGACCAGAGGGAAAAGUCAGGAACCAACUUCGCUAACCGUCAGGUUUCGGGGCUUGGCGAUGGGGGACAUGAAGACUCCUGAUUUUGAUGACUUGCUUGCGGCUUUCGACAUCCCUGACAUUGACGCACAAGAGGCCAUUCAGUCAAACCCGGCCGAGCAGCGGGAUGGAGGAGCUACUAGUGCCCCUGGGGGAAGCAAGAGUGGGACUUCUUCAUGCUUCCCAAGCUCUGAGCCGCCUGUGGUCAGCGUCAUAGUGAAGAACACGGUUCGGUCUGAGUCUCUGGAGGGGGAAGACAGGUCUGCAAGGGAUAAAACUGAUAAUCCUCCUAGCAGUGCCUUAACCUCUCAGGUUCCAGUCAAGUUAGAGGAUUUUACUUCAGAGUUGGAGCCCAAACUGCCUGCCAGCGCUGCCAUGGAGCCUCAGAUUACCAAUGGCUUUGAAGAAGCUCAAGCUAUCAAUCAGGGACGGGCCAGCGCACAACACUGGUCCGAGCCUCCUCCUUUCAGCUCCCCGUUGAGUGAUAAUGAGGGCGACGAAGGAGCCGGACCCACCACUGAUGUUAUUAAUAGUUUGUCGCCCCUUCUGUACCCGCAGUCUUCAACACCAGCUGGUACCACCCAAUCAUCUCCUCGCUCCCCACCUUUGUUAAUCCCUUGCUCACCUCAGCAGGGAAAACCUGCUAAUCCUUUGUCGCCUCCUUUGCAUCAAAACGGAAGCAUGACAGAUGAAACCAAAUGUGAUGGGGACACAGAUGAAGAUGAGUCCGAUCCGGACUUUGGGAGUCCGCUGGUGAUUCAGGAGAGCCCAGAAUCGAUGAUGUUCUCCCCUCCAAAACGCAAACGGCGAGAAAAACUCCUUUCGGGUCAUCCUCUGGCAUAUGAGGACGUAUCUUCUGUUUUUCCGCAGCCUCCCAGUCUUUCUGCAAAACCUAAAUCCCCAAAAGAGGAAGAGGAACAGCCUUUGAAACCUAGCUCGUCCUCCACAGCUCCACAACCCCAGACCCUCUCUGCCGUCAACACAAACUCAACUGCACUGCAGGAGGAGAAAUACCCAGAGCAUGUGAUCGAUGAGAGGGACUCGCCCGAGAGCCCCCCACCCAGUGAGACCGGGCUCCUGUUCAACAGGCACAGCAGCUCUGAUUUUGGUUCAACACCAGCCCCAGAUCCGCAUCAGGAGAAACUCCUGGAAAAAGAUCCGCCUGCGGAAGCUGAGCAGCGAGAGGAGGACAGAUCUCAAGAAACUGAAGAUCUGGGUGAAAAGACGACAGCAGAUGGAGAAAAAUCUAAUGAGAAUUGCCAUGCUGGUAGCGAGCACACAGAGACACCAUCCUCCCCACCCAGACCACUCAAAGUUAAAAUUAAAAUGCCAACAGGCAGCAUCACAAGAACUGUGGCUCCUAAACGAAUCGUAAAAGCCUCUACGAAAGACGCAGAGAGCUCAAAACCAUCUUCAGAAGGUCAAGCCGUAAAGUCCAAAAAGGAGCUGCAACAGCAGUCGGACUUAACUGCAGCGGCAACAGCAGAAAGUGUCAGUACAGUGAAGGAGAAAAAGCCCAGAGUGUCCCCUACAGCAGUCAGCAUCACUAAGACUGCAACACUGCCGUCCGUCUCUUCCUCCUCCUCCAGGGCCAACCCAAUCAACCUCCGCACCCUCGGUAAGAAAACUCUCAACAGUGGGAUCGCCCUGCCGGCACCUCUGGUGCCUCAAACCAGCAGCAGGCCGGCCUCUAUAGUCAACAACACCGGGGCGAUCAUUUCCAAGAGCCAGACCAACCUGGUGGAAGCCUUCAACAAAAUCCUCAAUAACAAAAACCUUCUGCCCAGUUAUAAACCAGAUCUGAGCUCCCCAGUGCCAGCAGAGUGGGGCAUUUCCCUUCCAUCACAGGGCUACCGGUGCCUGGAGUGCGGCGACGCCUUCGCCCUGGAGCACAGCUUGGCGCAGCACUACGACCGGCGCUCGCUCAGGAUCGAGGUGACGUGCAAUCACUGCGCCAAGCGGCUGGCCUUCUUCAACAAGUGCAGCUUGCUUUUGCACGCCCGAGAGCACAAGGAGAAAGGCCUGAUCAUGCAGUGCUCACAUCUGGUCAUGAAGCCUGUACCUGUGGAGCAGAUGAUCAGCCAGCCUGAACCUGCAGCUGCAGCAGGGGGUGAGAGGAGGAUUAAUGCCCUCUUUCUCCUUAAAGUGAUGGCUGGAAUGUCUUCAUCUGAUCAAGUCUGGUUUUGUCGUCUUUUAUGUCUUUUUUUUUCGUUUUUAGGCCAGGUCGCGGUAAAGCCGGCACAUCACGCUGCAGCGUCCAAGAAAGAAACAGAUAUGUUGCUGUACACAAAUAAUAAAUGCCCUGAGUGUCAGACUCAGUUUGGCAGCAAAGAGGAGGUUUCUGACCAUUUUCAAGAGGUCAAACCAGCUAAAAGCACUUCUUGCACAGAGUGCUCUCCUCCCAUGCUCCUGCCCAACAGCUGCAGCGCCGCAGCCCAUCAGCGAAUCCACCAAGGCUCCUCGCCGCACGUCUGCCCAGAGUGCGGCGGCACCGCCAGGCAGCAGCUGCUUCAGAAACACCUGCAGGAGAACUGCUUGCACUUUUCCCGCCGCAUCGGCUACAGAUGUUCCAGCUGCCUGGUGGUGUUUGGGGGGCUGAACUCUGUGAAGUCCCACAUCCAGCAGGCUCAUUGCGACAUGUUCCAUAAAUGCCCCAGCUGCCCCAUGGCCUUCAAAUCUGCCCCCAGCAUCCAGAACCACAUCUCAGCUCAGCAUGCAGACCUCACGGACGCAAAGGCCAUGCUGAUUUAUAAAUGCGUCAUGUGUGACACAGUUUUCACUCACAAGCCGCUGCUGUACGCACACUUCGACACUCACUUGGCCAAUCAGAAGGUGCAUGUGUUCAAAUGCCCUGAAUGCACCAAGCUGUUUUCUCAGAGGAAUUCCCUGCUGGAUCAUUUCAAGACACACAAAGCUCCCACAUUGAAGGAAGAGCUGCCUUCACCUCCAGUGGCUGCCCCACAUUUAGCCGGAAAACCGGAGAGCUCGGAGGAGGAAUGGAUGGGGAAGGAGAAAGUGAAGCCCGAAAGGAUGAAAGCGCCCACAGUGUGGAAAUGUCGCUCAUGCAACACCCAGUUCACAGAACGGGAGGAAUACAUUUCUCAUAUGGGCGAACAGCACGGCAAGUUUCUGAAGAAGUUUCCCUGCAACAAAUGUGAGAGCUCCUUCACCACCACGUCCAGCAUGAGGCGCCACAUCAGAGACAAACACAAAGUCAUGAACCGCGGCUUCCGCUGCCAAUAUUGUUCUGAGAGUAAGAAAGCGUUCAGCAGCAGGUCGAUGUUGGAGCGGCACAUCCAGAUGAGACACAGCGUGACCAGUCCGGGUCAGGACUCGCUCUUGGGGGCCGACGAAGCCGAAAGCUCUUCAGAGCACGACGGCAGCUCGGCGUCCCGCAGGAGACGUCGAGCCGCUGUGAAGACGGAGCAGGACGCAGAGACGACGGACAGAGCGAGUCCAGCAAAGAAGCUGCGAUCGACGGCCGCUCCGUACGUCCAGCCCGAGUCUGGGUUCAGCUGCGCUCCCUGCGGCUUCACCACGGAGGACAAGCCGAGGUUUCUGGAGCACAUCAGCCAGCACAGGCGAGGCGGGACGGAGGGCGGCGGUCUGCAGUGUCUGCAGUGUGGCGCCUGCUUCACAUCCCCGUCCUCCCUCUCCCGCCAUCGCUUCAUCAUCCACAAGGUCAAAGAUGCUUUCGGCGACAGCCAGCAGAGCCCCGUCUUGUCUCCGUCGCCCUCUGCUGGAAGCACCAAGAACCACGACGACAGGAGCUCCCUGAACGGCUCGGAGCCGGCUUCGCCCUCCGGUCAACCUCUCGCGGGUCCGGGGAAGGAUGACGACGGAGCGCUGGCCUGUAAGGUGUGCGGUAAACACUUUGAAAAAGCAACAGAUCUCAACACGCACUUCAGAACUCACGGGAUGGCUUUUAUUAUCGCAAGAAACGCAGGGAAGACUACUUAGAUUGAGUAACAGAAAGCAAAUAGUUCAUUUAAGAAAAUCUGUAAGUGCCUUUUUGAAUCUGUCAUUCACAUCCGGGCCCCUGCAUCUAUGCACUAAUUCAGCCAAAGAUUGUUCAUUUGAAGCUUGUAAAACAGUUUAAUGUUUGACUGUUUGAGAAAAGCCUUAACCCUCUGACUCUCAGGAUCUGCUGCUUACUUUCUGUUUCAUCAGGAUGCUGAUCUGAUUUUUAAUCUCCUGUUCCCUGCUUUGAAUCAUUCACAUUAAUAAUGUGCCUGUAGAAAACUGUGACUGUUGUAUUAACUCAAUCCUGCUGUGAUCAUGAAAGCAAUUUCACUUGACGUUUAGUAUUGCUGAUGAAAUGUUUUUGAGUAACUUUUAAGGCGACUGAGGGGAUUCAUCAAGAGGCGUGCUCUAAAAUCUUGUUAAGAAUCACUGCAGUGGUUUGAAUUGUGUUCAGUUUCUGAAAAUCAUUUCCCAAAGCUUGUUCUGGGUUUAGUAACUUAACUGUAGGUGAUUUGUUUACAUUUUCGUGACGUAUUAAAACUGGGUUCCUGUACAUUUUCCAUUGCAAAAUCCCAGACAAAGGUAUAGGUUUUCAGAUGUUUUUUUUUUUUUUUUUGUCACAUUCUGGACAUGCAAAAUAUUUCACUUUAUAGGCUUCAUCGUCUCUAAACCUAGCUUCUUUUUGGUACGUCGCUUUUUUUUUCACUAUCUUAUUCACCUCGGUUUCAAAAUGUCAGCUCUUGUCUGAAUUAUUGUACACUAAAUUUAUUCUUUGAAGCAGUUUGUAACCUUUUGUCUGUAAACAUAUUUUUUGAAAGCAUGUCAGAGCGUAGCAGGUCCAGGUUCAAGCCCCAAUCUCAAAAGGUCCAGGGGGUCAAAAAAGCAGUGACCGCAUUUCCUGAUUAUUUUGUUUUGAAUGAUCAACAGGAGGACUACAACCUAAAUUGUCAUGUGGGACAUUGAAGAAAAAAAAAAAACACCUUUGAAAACAUCCUCAGUGUUUCACACAUGUAAAUUAUAUAUAUAUAUAUAUAUAUAUAUAUAUAUAUAUAUAUAUAUAUAAAGUUUCCAGUCUCAGUUUAUAUUUCUUCAGAAUUAUAGAAUUAUCAAAUCAAAAUUAUAAUUUUUUUUUAGAUCAAAUGGGAGCCUUUUUAAAAUGAUUUUUUUCCUCACAGGUAGUGAAAACUCUUCUUUUCAGCUUCAUGUUUUCUGUAUAAAAAUAAAAAUAUAUUGGUGUGACAGUCGGGACAAGAGAUUUAUAUUUUAAAUAUUCAUUGCAAAAAAAAACAAAAAACUACAAGCUGUGCGCUCUGGAAUGUGACUCGGAUCCAAUUUACUGUGAGACUUUCAAAAAGAGCUUCGAACCCCUUUUUAAAUUGAAUGUACUUUCUGUAAAAUGAACUGAUUUAUAUCUCGACAAAGAGCUGAAAAUGGAAGUAAAUGAUGUAUUUGUUACACCACCAGAUGUUUCUGUAAAUCUUGCUUCAACAGAGUACUGUAAAGAAAACGUAUAUUUGAUGUUUGUCUACUUUUUAUGCUUCUCUUAGCAAAUGGGAGCAUGUUGAGCAUUGUUUUUCUUUAGUUUGAGGCAUGUGUAAAUCAUUAAAAUGAUUAAUAUAC